UACGUUUGCAUUUACGAAAGAAUAUCAUUCUAAAUGUAAGUUACGUACACAUUGUAAUAAGAUUAAUAAAUUAUACUUCUUUUUUAAGUCACCAUGCAAAAAAAAUUACUUUUUAUAUUAAUGUAUAUUAAGUUUUUAUUAAUGAUUUCAACGGUCGCAAAAAGAAGCGAACAUACGAAAGAGCAAACUUCAAAGUUUAAACUGCCAACCAAAUACCAUCUGUUAAAAAGUGCAACGUUCCAAUUAGAACCAAAUGGAGAAUUAUUUAAAAAAUCGCUUUUAAAAAAUGUACAAGGAUAUGAAGAAGCUAUCAAAAUAUUAGAAGAUAUUGAUACAUAUGAACGUAGAUACAAAAUGAUCAAACAAAUUACUAUGGAUGCAAUUAAUAUUAUUGAAGAUAAAACAUCAAUGCUUGAGAAUAUAAUGUAUAAUAUGAACAAGGGAAUCGUUUCAAAUAAUGAUGCUAUAAUAGAGAGCUUGUUUUUUAUAUUGGAGCAAACAUCUUUUUUUGGAAAAGUUGUUCUUAAUUUUCCAGAUAUUACUCGUAAAAUAUUAAAAAAUCAAAAUAAAUGGAAAGAAACAAUAAUUUGGUCGUUACAUUUUGCUAAUAAAAUGCAGCAUUUGUUGGAUGAAUCCAUUAUUACUAUAAUUUCUUCAGCUAUUGAAGAGCUUAAUAACACAAGACGAAAAUCUGAAUCCACAAAUUAUGAAAAAAGUAAUCAUUUGUCUAAUAAAAAGAAGUUCAAGAAAGGAAUGUCAAAACAAAAAAGAGGUCCAAAAUUAAUAAGAUUCGAUUUAUAAACAUUUUUGUGAUAAAUAAUAAAAA